AUGGUGUCGUAUGCAGUUAAGAGCACUAAGAACUGGAGAGCAGCCGUGGACCUGACGGGCAGACUGCUGACGGCUCACGGCCAGGGCUACGGCAAGAGCGGCCAGCCCACUAACCACACCACUGACUCCCUGCAGCUCUGGUUUGUGCGUCUUGCUCUUCUGGUGAAGCUCAGCCUUUUCCAGAACGCAGAGCUGGAGUUUGAGCCUUUCGGGAAUCUGGAUCAUCCAGAUCUCUACUAUGAAUAUUAUCCGACGGUUUACCCUGGAAGACGAGGCUCAAUGGUGCCAUUCUCCAUGCGUGUUCUGCACGCCGAGCUCCCUCAGUACCUGCAGAAGCCUCAGGAAACUCUGGACCGUCUCCACAGAAUAAAGAGCGUCUGUCAGAAGAUCCUGAGUAACCUGCAGGAGGGUUUAGCUGAGGACGGGAGUAUGAUGAACCUCACGCAGGACAACAGACUCGCCUCCAUCCAGCUGUGGAGGUCACGUCUGAGCAGGGUGAUGUACUCCAUGGCCAACUGUCUGCUAAUGAUGAAGGACUAUAUGCUGGCAGUGGAGACGUAUCACUCCAUCAUCGAGUAUGAACCUGAGCAAAGAGUGCAGCUGCUGAGUGAACCGAAUCGGCCGGUAUUUUUUCCCUCUCAGGGCUUUUGUUUAUAUCUGAGCAGAAUAACUAUGGCAGAACCUGCACACGACGUUUUCUCCAUCGCCUGGAACUUGAUCGGAGCUCAAGAACCCAUUGCUGUGAAGUCAGUGAUAGUGAUCGAGCUGACAGUGCCAUGGGAGGAAGGACUGGAAGGUGCUUACGAGAGAAAGAAGGCGAAGUAUGCAGACUUGGUUGUGGAGUGCAGAGAAAGUGGAUGGAGAGAGGCUGUACCAGGUCGAGGUGGGAGCCAGAGGCUUUAUGGGCAGAUCAAUAUCAUGCCUGCUCAAGGACCUGGGAUUACGGGGAACCACACUGAGCAGAUCCACCAAAGAGCUCUCUGA